ACAGACGGCCAGUGAAACGUCAUUCCUAUUUCGCUUGUGUGUUGUAGAUUAUUUUGUAAUUAUUACUAGAAUUUGGACUACUUCCGAUAAAAUUUUAUAGAACACUAUCAAAAGUGUAUGCUAAAAAUAUUCAUAUUUGUGCCUGUAAAGAUUUCGUGUAUGCCCAUUAUGUGAGUACUUUCUCUUUUUGUGGCUGACUGAUUGUGUUGCGACAUCAAGAUGGAUUUUAGCAGUUUUACGGACGAUAUAUUCGCACCUACGAAUUCAUCCAACGGUACAGACGAAGGCUGCAUGAUCAUAAAUUCGACAUCAAAGAUUUUAUUCUUCGGUUACAACGGGAUUCCUCAAACGCUGAUUCUCAACUUGAUUUCAUGGUCAUGUUUGAUAUUGUUGUUCUCCGUUUUACGCCGAACCGCCUGGAACUAUGGGCGGAUGGCGCUCGUGCAGCGGACAAAGAGUCGGUGGACCAACUUGUUCUACCGCGGCGGGGACGGCGACGCGCUCGUGCGGCGGAGGAGCGCCGACGAGUCCGCGAGCAUAGACGAGGGCUUUUUCACAUGGCUCCCGGCCGUCUUCAGGCUGACGCGCGAGCAAGUGCUCGCCAAGUGCGGGCCUGAUGCAGUCCAUUACCUCUCAUUCCAGAGGCAUGCCAUCACGCUCAUGUUUAUCAUCACCAUCAUAUCCAUUGGAAUCAUCUUGCCUAUAAAUUUUACGGGCAAUCUCCAAGGAGACAUGGGCUUCAGUAAAACGACUCUCAGUAACCUGAAUGGGAGAUCUUAUUGGCUUUGGGUGCAUACUUUAAUAAGCAUAGCAUUUCUACCUAUGUCAGUGUUGAUUAUGAGGAGAUGCACCGGGCGAAAACCUGUGCCCACAUCAUUGACGGGCACUAUAAUGAUCACCAACAUAGCAAGGGCUGAUCGAAAUGAAUCUACGAUUAGAGCCUACUUUGCUCAUAAUUUCCCACAUAUUCAAAUAGUUGACCUUCGCCUUGCUUAUAACAUCAACAAGCUGAAUGAAGUUCAAGAAAAGAAGGAUAUGGUGACAGAAGCUCUGGUGUAUAGUGACCAAUACUUCAAGAAGACAGGAAAACGCAUCACUGUCCGGACGGGCCUCUGUGGGCCACAUGUAGAUGCACUGGAGUUUUAUACAAAUGAAGAGAAGAGACUGAAAGAUGAAGCUAAACGAUGCCGCGCCAUGGUACUUAAUGAUCCUCUGGGUAUUGCCUUUUUAACCUUGCCAUCAUACCAGUUAGCUGAACAUGUUAUCAAUAACUUUAGCUUGCACCGAGGUUGGGUUCUAUCACAUGCUACUAACCCAGCAGAUAUCAUUUGGGAGAAUUUAAGUGUACAACCUGGUGUCUGGUACAUCAAGGCUAUCUUUGUUAAUCUGUUCUUAUUCCUUGUACUAUUCUUCCUUACAACUCCAGCAAUUAUAGUAAAUCUGUUCAACACUCUAUUUGUGAAAUUGGACACACAAAAAGGGAGCAGUGUGGUCUUUGAAUUCCUGCCAACCCUAUUGCUUUGGACCAUGGCUGCUGUGAUGCCAGCUAUAGUAGCUUUUUCUGAUAAGUUUCUGUCUCACUGGACAAAGUCCCAGCAAAAUUACUCUAUUAUGACAAAAACUGUUUCUUUCUUAUUGUUGAUGACCCUGAUCCUGCCUUCCUUGGGUCUGGCUAGUGCAGAAGCAUUUGUUAGGUGGACUUUGCAUCAUGAAAAUGAUACGAUGCGGUGGGACUGCGUCUUUCUUGCCGACAAGGGCGCCUUCUUCAUAAAUUAUGUCAUCACCUCGGGUUUUAUCGGUACCGCGUUGGAACUGAUACGCUUUCCGGAGCUCUUUCUGUACGUUUGGUAUCUUCUUCAUUCAAAGUCGAAGGCCGAAAAGAGUUACGUGAAGAAGGCUAUACUCUACGAGUUCCCGUUCGGCGUCCACUAUGCAUGGAGCCUCGCAAUAUUCUCGAUUUCGAUGGUUUACAGUCUAGCUUGUCCCUUGAUUGCGCCUUUCGGCCUGAUCUACAUGGUAUUGAAGCACAUCGGUGACAAACAUAACUUGUACUUCGCCUAUGGGCCUAGUGAUAUGAGCGGGGUGGGCGGAGGCAGGAUUCAUUCGACGGCCGUGAGACUGAUUCGCAUCUCUGUGUUGUUGCUGCUAAUUAACAUGGCAGCCUGGGCGGGAUUGCGGGCAGGUUUCGAGGCUAGGACGAUCAUUUUGGUGAUGGCUUCUAUUGUAGCAUUCGGAACUUUCUUGCUUCUGAGUCCGUUCCCAAGUUGCACUCCUCCCGCGCCGCUGCAGGAGGAGUCCACUGUUAGGUUCCCCGAAUAUGUCGCCCCGGCGCUAACAAAACCCCUUGACUCCCCAAUGAGUACCCCUACCACACCUGACUAUGGCGCAUCCUCUCCUACAACCAUCCAAUCCUACAGUCCGGACCCGAUAAACAUUUAAACUAUGAUUCCUUCGGAAUUAGGAUCCUACACUGACGCGUCUGCAGCUUAGUACAAAAUUAGUACUAAUCUGCAUUUCGGGAAUUAUAAUACCUGAUCUAUCGAUAAACGACAUUCACUGAUAAGGUUUUGUUUGUUAUUUUAUUAUGUUAAUGGAAAUGUGUAAAUAUUGCAAUAUUUUUAUAUAUUUAUGAUAGGGAUUUAUUGUCGCUAUAAUCCUUCAUAUUUAAUGUGCAAAAGACGACAGCUAUAAAUAUAACUGCGCGCAUGCAAUAUGAAAGAUCUCUUCUAUAUUUUUUAUCUCGUAAAUAUUUUAAUAUAUUAUUUCAUUUAAGUAUCGAUUUAGUUUAGUGUUUGCCGAUUUUAACGCCUUUUUAUUAAUUUAUUUUAUUCCGUCGUAAUAAAAUUUAUUUAUCAUAAUAAUUUAAUAAUGUAUUAUGUCAAACAUCGAUGUGUAUUUUGAUCUUUUUGAUAAAUUUUUUAAAAUAAAACAAUACACGAUAACAUAAUGUUAAUGGCACCUUAAUUUUUAGUUUAUCGCGUGAUAAUUGAUUAGUCAUUAUUAAUAUUAAUAUCAUUGAUAUGAUGUGUAGUCCACACAGCACAUGUCGAAGUGUGUGAUGUAAAUGAAUGAAUAAAUGUUCUUAUUUUCUAUACAAACUUUUAAUUACCUUUAACAUAGUGACACAAGAAGUAGUUAGUGUAGGUCAUCAACUACUUACAUUAUCACCUGACUACAAACUAGGGUGGACUGUAAAAUGCCUAUUAAUUAUGUAUUUGUAGAUCACGUUUAUAGUGAAGGAAAAAUUAGAUAAUGUAAAAUACCUAAGUAUAAUCUGUAAACGUGGUGUACCGCACUUCAUUACACGCACGUGUGUGACAUACUGAAGACCGUUAUUGAAGACUUAACCGCGAAGUGUAAAACAAUACUUAUUCUCCAAUAACGUUGAUUUUCAAAUGUUUGAUGACCGCAAUUCACCGUACUAUCAGUUUGUUAUGAGUACUUAUGAUAGGUACAAAUAAAUACGCUAUGUGGGACGGGCAGGGCAUAAGUACCUACCUAGUUAAAAUUAAUUACUAUUAAGAAUGCCUUCAUUAUCUUGCCUAAUUAAUGAACAAGGAAACAAUGUAUUUUAAUAUAAAUACUAACAAUGUAAACGACAAUCUGAAAAAUUAACGAAUUAGUAUGUAGAUUUAAAAUUAAUUGGGUAAUUUAUUAGGAUAGGACCACCAUGCCGUUAAUAAAAGCACGUAAUUUCGUUAUUGUAAUAUCUGAUCAAGAAGUAGGUACUUUCUAAUCGAUCUAACUAAAAGAAGUUUUGCUGAACAUUCUGCACGCUUCUCUUAUCAAAUAACUUUAUAUUCACCAGAUAAAAUAAUUCUUUUAUGUUGGUUUGAAACGUUUUUUUCAGCUUUUUAUCUGAACGUAUAGGGAAAACCAUAUUAAGUCAUUAGCGAGCGAAGAUUUCUUUAGUCCGUCCUUGCUUUUACAUGUUGUUUGUCCCUAUUAUGAGUGAGUAGAACUCGAAGUUCAUGCAUUCCCGCAUCCGUUUCAUUUGUUAGAUCAAUUGUCAUCUCAUUAUCACAAAACUAUGGCUUUAAGUAGCCACAUGUAUCGUGAAUCAACGCGUGUUUAUUAGCACUUAUAGUGACAUCAUCAUUCCGUUCACAACUAAAUCGUGUUGAAUUGAACCACCUGCUUAAAUAAGCUGGUCUGCCAUCUUUUUCUCUUCAGGUUGGUUAGUGGUUUGCUGAAGGGCUGUGUGUGCGUGACAUCAAGAGGAGGCUAGUUUUUAUGAUUCACGUCUUUUGCUUGCCCUUUAAUGUAAAUGUAUUACCUAAUUAAUGUAUAAUAUCUCACUGGUUGACCAUGUUUGUAUUGAAUGUCAAGUGACUCUUAACAAUAACAAACAUGCCACAUACGUAGUUAGUCCGUUAUUCUUGUAUUCUUCCAAUGCAAUUCUCUGUGGACGAUAUGCUUGUUCACACUGCGGAUUUAAGUACGUUUGUUGUUUUCAAUUUGUGGUUAAGGAAAGUGCAAUAGAAUCUAAUUUACACAAGUUUGAGAUACCUACACACUUACACAGAGCCACUAUUAGAGCUUUGCGAUUUUAUAUCAUUUUUGAAGAUUUAGCUACAUAGAAAUAGAUCAAUCAGACUUGUAAUAAAUAAGUUCUAUUGUGCAUACCUAGAACACUGCUUCUCGUUUCUAAAUCACCCUUAUCAUUAUACCAACUGUAUUUCUACAAUAUCGCUUGAACGUUGACUGGUAGAGUACGUAACGCCUUUUGUACCUGUUUUUGUGCAAUAUGAAGAGGGCAUAAACCUCUAUUUGAUUUCAUUCCAUUUACUUAUUUAUUUUAAUUUUGUGUUGUGUGGAUAAUUGUAUUCUGUAAAUUAGUUUUAGCGUAAUUGAUGUAUUAACAAACCGGUUUUCUUAAAUUUAUGUAAGGUCGACAGCACAUCAGUAUAAAACAUUUUUGUGGCUAAAUGAUUGGUAUCAUACAAGUAUUUACAUAAGAUGUUGUCACAGAGUCUACCUUGAUGUGUGGUUGUCCGUAACUUUACUAUGUUAGUAGUUAAAAUGUGUUGGCAACGACUUUAGUUUCUGUUGAAUUUUAUGUGACGUUAUCGAUUGAUUUUGUAGUAGUAGACUAUCUAAAUCAAAGUUUAGGGACCACAAGUGAGUAAGUGACAAAAACAUUUAAUGAAGUUCAUUCAACUUGUGUUUUGAUUGAUAAUAAUAAACUAUCUGUAAACGCAAUAUCUCUAGCGUUGAGAUAAUAUCUCGUCGAACUUAUAAACAAUUGAAAAUCAUAAUUUACUCUUUAGUUUUCUUUUGUCGGCAGCUAGAAUACAAGUUACCUACAACUAUUUCGGCCUGAGUUUCCCUAUUUGUGUUACUACCUCAUUAUCGGAUCGUAAAAAAUGACGUAUUGAUAACUGAAAGUGAUUGUGACGAGUCUUGAAAGGAUCGUAGUAUUUUUCAAGACGCUGUAGAUUUGCGAUUCGAGGAACCGGGGAUAGGAGAUCACAAAUUCAAUUUCAUGAUCGCUUCGGUAGCUUUAUAAAGAAUUUUAAUUUAUCAAAAAAGCUCCAUAAAGUAGAGCGUUUCUUGCUCUACCUCAAGCUCAACCCAGUGCUUAUUCAGUGCUGCUUUAAUUCAGAAAAAAAGUAAGUCCAACGCGGGUGUUAUAAAAUUAAUAGCCUGAAACUGUAUUUACUGUCCAUUUAGUGCAAUUUUUCUGUGGGUGCGAGUUCAUUCUGUGAUUAAUUCACUGUUAUUCUUCAGAAUUGAUAAAAUAAUUACUUAUAAAUUCGCAGUUUAACACUUUGCGUCACUGAGUAAAUUCAUUCUAACUUCAUAUUCAUGAUGUGAAACGAUAAAAAGAGUGAAUUUAUCAACUUCUUAUGUAAUAUGAAACUAUUCUUUGAUCCUCACAGCAA